GCCUGCAUAUGGCGGACGCUCAGUUUGUGUUUAUGUCAAUAAGAAACUGAUUUACGUUUGCGCGGGUGUGGAUUUAUAAAAUAUCUAAAUAAUGAUGUGUUAGUGGAACCUGUGAAUUGUGUGAUUUUUUGUGAUAAUGAUUUAUGCCUUUGGACUUGCCAGAAAUUUGGAAUCUUCGCGGGACUUAUAAAGACAUUAAGUUGCAGUUAAAGCUGCCUUAUGCUGGAGAUGGAAACCACACCCGCGCAGGCUCAGGCUCGGCACGGCGCCGGUAAGAUGCGACAGAGGCGUCGCGCGCCCCACCGCACCGCCGCUCUGCUCGUCGCCUGCCUGCUCUACCUCAGCUGUCAAGUCGACGCCGCCGAUCCACCCGAAAUAACGAUUCGACCGCAGAACCUGCAAGUACGAGUGAACGGAAUCGCCGCCUUCUAUUGUGCCGCCCGAGGAGACCCCAUACCCAACAUUCAGUGGCGAAAGAACGGCAAACGAGUUUCUAGCAUGCAGUCAAGGUACCAGGUGUCGGGUAUGGACGCGGCGGCGGGCCCGGGGGCGAACGGCGCCGUGCUGCGCAUAGAACCGGUACGCGCGACCCGGGACGACGCCACCUACGAGUGCAUGGCGGAGAACGGCGUCGGCGAUGCCGUCACUGCGGUCGCUACACUAACCGUUUUUGAAGCUGACAAAGUACCGCCCGGUUUCCCGACCAUCGCUCAGCCGCCGUCGACUAUGGUGGUGGAAGUGGGUCACACCGCGACUCUGCCGUGCCAAGCGAGUGGCACCCCGCCGCCUAAGGUCAGGUGGCUGUGGAACUCAUUGCCCUUGGAUGUCGCAUCCAACCCUAGAUACGCUCUGCUCAACGAUAAAAUGCACGGCACACUACAAAUUGUGAAAAGCGAAGAGGAAGAUCAGGGGAAGUUCGAAUGCGUCGCCGAAAACUCUAUCGGAACUGAGUUCUCUAAACCUACAUCGUUGUAUGUGAAAGUGAGACGGGUGGCGCCGCAGUUCUCGAUCCCACCGCCGCAGAAGACAGAGGUGAUGCUAGGCGGCAAUACGACCCUCAAAUGUGUCGCCUUCGGAUCACCGAUGCCCACAGUCAAAUGGAGGAAAGGUCUAUCAAAAUGGCUAACGUCGGAGGACAACCCGCCUCUGGGUGUGAACACGCUAGUACUGGAGGAUAUCCGUGAGUCGGCCAACUAUACCUGCGAGGCUGCUAGCGUGCUCGGCGUCAUUGAAGCCACUUCAGAAGUCAAAGUACAAUCAUUACCAGGUGCACCAACUGAAGUGAGAGCCUCCGAAGUCACAGCAACAACGGUCCGCCUCGCGUGGACUUACAACGGUCCCGAAGAGCCCCAGUACUAUGUUAUACAAUACAAACCUAAAUAUGCAAACCAAGCCUUCAGCGAAAUCUCCGGGGUCAUCACACAGUACUAUUCGGUGACGAAUCUAUCGCCGUACACUGAAUACGAGAUGUAUGUGAUCGCAGUCAACAAUAUCGGUAGAGGCGCGCCUUCUGAACCGGCCGUCAUCACGACGGGGGAAACAGUGGAUUCUUUAUAUGGAGGUGCCAAACCUGGAUCAGCACCAAGGAACGUACAAGUUCGUCCUCUAAGUUCCAGUACGAUGGUGAUACAGUGGGAGGAACCAGAGACGCCUAAUGGACAAUUAACGGGCUACAAAAUAUAUUACACCACGGAUCCAUCACAACCAUUGCAGUCAUGGAACUCUCAGAUGUUGGACAGUAGUCAUUUAACAACUAUCAACGAGCUGACUCCUCACACUGUGUACACUAUACGAGUGCAAGCGUUCACAUCAGUGGGGCCUGGCCCUGUCUCUGCGCCUGUACAAGUCAAAACACAACAAGGUGUACCGUCACAACCGUCCAACUUCGUAGCAGUAGAGGCGGGAGAGACAUCUGUAACACUGCAAUGGCAGCAGCCAGCGCACGCCGGAGACCAAAUCGUCUCCUACGAACUCUACUGGAACGAUACUUACGCUAAAGAACAUCAUAGAAAACGUAUACAUAAGAUGGAAUCUUACACUCUGAACGGGCUGUACCCAAACACGUUGUACUACAUCUGGCUCGCGGCGCGGUCACAACGCGGCGAGGGCGCGACUACACCGCCCAUUGCAGUUCGGACAAAGCAAUACGUGCCGGGCGCCCCGCCUAUGAAUGUGACGGCGGUGGCGAUAUCGCCGACCGCGGUGCGCGUGUCGUGGCAACCGCCGCCGGCCGAGCGCGCCAACGGCCGCAUCGCGUACUACAAGCUGCUGUGCGUGGAGGCGGGCCGCGGGGACUCGGAGGCGACUGUGGUGCGCCUCAACGCCACCGAGUUCGUGCUGGACGAGCUGCGCCGCUGGACGGAGUACCGCGUGUGGGUGUUGGCGGGCACCAGCGUCGGCGACGGGCCCGCCUCAUACCCCGUCACCGUGCGCACGCAUGAAGACGUGCCCGGAGAGCCGCAGGACGUGAAGGUGACCACUAUUAACUCUACUGCGGUGCAUGUAACGUGGAAACCGCCACAGGAGAAGGAAAAGAACGGUAUAAUAAGAGGCUAUCACGUCCAUGUCCAAGAGAUUCGAGAAGAGAGCAAAUCAUUAUUAAACGAGCCAAUGCGUUUCAACGUGAUGGAUGAUACGAUACUGGAGCUGAACGUGUCAGGCUUGCAACCUGAUACUAGGUAUAGCGUGCAAGUCGCCGCCCUCACACGCAAGGGAGACGGCGACAGGAGCCCGCCUGUCACCAUCAAAACCCCCGGCGGCGUACCCAACAGGCCUACUGUCAACCUCAAGGUACUGGAGCGAGAACCCAUCGUGUCUAUUGAACUAGAAUGGACCAAACCGACUCAGACUUACGGUGAAUUGCAAGGUUAUCGAUUAAAAUAUGGAAUAAAAGAUCAGAAAUUGCUAGAAGAAAAUUUUGGAAUAAAAGUUAACUCGCAUAGAUUGACGGAUCUGGAGAGAGGUGUCCAGUAUGAAUUUAGAUUGGCCGGAAGAAACCAUAUCGGCUACGGGCAAGAAAAUAUCAAGUAUUGGCUCACUCCGGAAGGGGUACCGAAGGGGCCACCGACCAAUGUCACCUACCAUUUUCAAACACCUGACAUUAUUAGUGUGACAUGGGAGCCCCCCAUUAGAGCAGACAGAAGUGGUCAAAUCAAAAAAUAUGACAUUCAAUUUUAUAAAAAAGGUGAUCAAUCAUCACUCGUAGAGAAGACCAAGGAAACGACUAAAGCAGUUUUCACCGGCUUAGAAGAAGAUGCUCAUUAUGUGUUCAAAGUUAGAGCGUAUACGGACCAAGGUCCCGGACCGUAUAGUAAAGACAUAACAGCUCAUACCGAAAGAGACAUUGGAAGAGCGCCUAUGUCGGUCAAAGCUGUUGCCACAUCUGAAUCAGGUAUUGAAGUCUGGUGGGAAACGGUCCCAUCGAGGAGGAAAGUUAUCGGAUACGUUAUUUUCUAUACGAUGACUCCCGUUGAAGACUUAGAUGAAUGGCAACAGAAAACUGUCCAUGUAACGCAUUCUGCUGAUAUAGAAAACUUGGAGAAAUUUGCAGAAUAUGCCGUCGCAGUAGCAGCUAAAACCGCUGAUGGAUUGGGUAGAUUAUCAGAAAAAGUUACUGUUAAAGUCAGGCCCGAAGAAGUGCCUUUACACCUGAGAGCGCAGGACGUUUCUACUCACUCGAUGACGCUCUCUUGGUCACCGCCGUUACGCUUGAAUCCUGUUAGCUAUAAGAUUUCAUAUAAUGCUAUCAAAGAAUUUGUCGAUUCUCUAGGCAUGACUCAAACACAAGAGAUUCCUAAAAGAGAAAUAAUUAUAAAGCACGAUAAAACAUCACAUUCUAUUAACGAUCUAUCGCCAUUUACUACGUAUAAUGUAAAUGUCAGUGCUAUUCCUAACGAUGAUUCGUACAGACCGCCAACUAAAAUAACUGUAACGACACAGAUGGCGGCACCAAAACCUAUGGUGAAACCGGAUUUCUACGGUGUUGUUGAAAACGAAAUAUUAGUUAUUCUCCCCCAGGCCUCUGAAGAAUACGGUCCUAUUUCUCAUUAUUACUUAGUUGUAGUACCUGAUGAUAAAUUACACAAUCACAAACAUCCCGAUCAGUUUUUAACAGAAGAUUUAAUUAAGAACAACGCUAGAGCAGACGAUGAAAACGCUCCAUAUAUCGCUGCCAAGUUCUUACAAAGGAAUAUUUUAUAUACAUUCCACCUAGGUAAUAAUGAGUCAUAUGAAGGUUUUCUAAACAGAAAAUUAAAUCCGAACAAAAGGUACAGGGUAUUUGUGAGAGCGGUUGUCGAUACGCCGCAAAAACAUCUUUAUACCUCUAGUCCGUUCUCGGAAUAUCUGUCGUUGGACAUGCGCGGGGCACCUCCAGGGGAAGAACCGAGUCGACCCGACCCCAAAGACAUAAACGGUGAUCCGGAAAUAAGAAUUGAAGAAAACAGGAAAGAAGCCGGCAUGCUUUGGGUUAUAGGCCCUAUCAUAGCAGCAUUAAUGCUUUCUCUCUGCUUGGUUAUGUUGUUCAUCAUGAAAAGACGCCGUCAGCCAUGUAAAACACCCGACCAGGCUGCAGUCACGAGACCUCUAAUGUCUGCCGAUGUUGGAUUCGGAGCACCGUCAGAUCCGGUCGAGAUGAGGCGACUUAAUUUCCAAACUCCAGCGAUGAUUUCCCACCCACCAAUACCUAUAUCUGAACUUGCAGAUCAUAUUGACAGACUUAAAGCUAACGACAACAUGAAGUUUUCUCAAGAAUACGAAAGCAUCGAACCGGGUCAGCAGUUUACAUGGGACCAUUCUAACAUGGAGGUGAAUAAACCUAAAAAUAGGUAUGCUAACGUUAUCGCUUACGAUCAUAGCCGCGUUAUUCUGCAGCCCAUCGACGGAAUACUCGGAAGCGACUACAUCAAUGCAAACUACUGUGAUGGCUAUCGAAAACACAAUGCGUACGUGGCCACUCAAGGUCCUCUUCAAGAAACGUUGGCCGACUUCUGGCGAAUGUGCUGGGAAUUACGAACGGCAACUAUUGUUAUGAUGACUAAGCUAGAAGAAAGAACUAGAAUAAAAUGUGACCAAUACUGGCCCAGUAGAGGCAGCGAAACGUACGGCACGAUGACCGUAACCAUCGCUGAAGUUCAGGAGUUGGCGACCUACUGCAUUCGUACAUUCCAAAUCACGCGGAACGGUGGAACCGAACGAAGGGAGAUCAAGCAGCUUCAGUUCACCGCGUGGCCCGAUCACGGCGUCCCCGAUCACCCGGCGCCCUUCUUACAGUUCCUACGACGUGUUCGUGCACUGAAUCCCCCUGACGCCGGACCCUUGGUGGUGCACUGUUCCGCAGGAGUCGGUCGCACCGGCUGCUUCAUCGUCAUCGACUCGAUGUUGGAAAGGGCGCGUCACGAGCGCACCGUAGAUAUCUACGGUCAUGUAACUUGCCUCCGAGCUCAACGAAACUAUAUGGUGCAAACCGAAGACCAGUAUAUUUUCAUUCACGACGCGCUUUUAGAGGCUGUUAUUUGCGGCGACACGGAAGUACCGGCUCGUAACUUGCAUGCGCACAUUCAGAAGUUAAUGCGCGUCGACACUAUCGAGAAUAUUAAUGGAAUGGAGUUGGAGUUUAAGAAGCUGGCUAAUAUGAAAGCCGACUCGAGUCGCUUCGUGUCCGCCAGUCUGCCGUGCAACAAGCACAAGAACAGACUGGUACACAUUUUGCCGUUCGAGUCGACCCGCGUGUGUCUCACGCCGCGGGACGGCUCCGACUACAUCAAUGCGUCCUUCGUCGACGGGUAUCGAUACAGAGCGGCCUACAUCGCCACUCAAGGUCCUUUGCCCGACACCACGGAUGAUUUCUGGCGAAUGCUCUGGGAACAUAACUCUACGAUCAUAGUAAUGCUGACCAAAUUGAAAGAAAUGGGACGAGAGAAAUGUCACCAAUACUGGCCGUCGGACCGCUCCGUGCGCUACCAAUGCUUUGUGGUCGACCCGAUCGCCGAAUAUAACAUGCCACAGUAUAUCUUGAGGGAAUUCAAGGUAACAGACGCUCGUGACGGUGCGUCGCGGACAGUGCGGCAAUUCCAGUUCACGGACUGGCCGGAGCAGGGCGUGCCCAAGAGCGGCGAGGGCUUCAUUGACUUCCUCGGACAAGUGCACAAGACCAAGGAGCAGUUCGGACAGGACGGACCCAUCACUGUGCAUUGCAGCGCGGGCGUGGGCCGCACUGGGGUGUUCAUAACGCUGUCGACGGUGUUGGAGCGCAUGCAGUACGAGGGCGUGCUCGACGUGUUCCAGACUGUACGCACGCUGCGCACGCAGCGCCCCGCCAUGGUGCAGACCGAGGACCAGUAUGAGUUCUGUUACCGCGCGGCGCUGGAAUACCUCGGCUCCUUCGACCACUACGUCAACUGACGCUGAGACUUGCUCGUCUAAGACAUCUAGCGGACCUUGUCGCUUAUUACAUCCUUUUUGUGUACUUAAACUUUGACGUUUCUCUGACAGCUAUUUGACAGCUAGUACAAAAUGUCAGUUUUUACAUUUUAAAAUCG